AUGGCAAGACAAAAAGGAAGAGAUCGAAUGAAAGAUCGUUCAGAAGUAUGGGAGCAUUUUCUGAAAAAGGAAACACCCCUUGUAUUGCGAGCUAUUUGCAAGUAUUGUCGUAUGGAGUACAAGUACAAUCCGAAGAAGAAUGGCACUAGUGUUCUGUGGGGUCACAUUAAUAGAUGUCGUAAGUAUCCCUAUAACACUCCUAAAGAUUCAAAGCAAAGUAUUCUUUCUUUUAGGGGUGCUAAAAUAGGUGAUGGUACUAGUAAUUUAACUUAUCAAAAGUAUGAUCCUGCUAGUAUUAGAAAAGCAUUAUCUUUCAUGGUAAUUGUUGAUGAACUUCCUUUUAAGUUUGUUGAGGGAGUCGGGUUUAGACAAAUCUGUAAUGUUAUGGAGCCUAGAUUUCAUGUUCCUUCCAGAAUCACAGUAGCCAAAGACUGUUAUCAAACUUAUUUGAUUGAGAAAAGAAAGCUUAAAAAUGUGUUAAAGCAUUGUAAUUCAAGGGUUUCAUUAACUACUGAUUCAUGGACCUCGAUUCAGCAAAUUAAUUACAUGUGUCUCACUGUUCACUUUAUUGAUAACAAUUGGAAGUUGCAAAAACGAAUUCUAAAUUUCUGUCUUAUUUCAAGUCAUAAGGGUGAGGAAAUAGGGAAAGAAGUGGAGAAAUGUUUGCUUGAUUGGGAGCUUGAAAAGGUGUUUUGCAUAACUGUAGACAAUGCUAGUUCCAAUGACACUGCCAUAGGAUACUUGAGAAGGAAAAAUAAUCACUGGAAAUCUAGGUUUCUUAAGGGGAGGUAUCUUCACAUGCGUUGUGUUGCACAUAUAAUCAAUUUGGUUGUUUCUGAUGGUUUAAAAACAAUGAAUGAGUCUGUUAAUCGUGUUAGGCAUGCUGUGAGAUUCAUCAAACAAUCUCCUGCCAGGUUGCUAAGGUUUAAAAAAUGUGUUUCGGAGGAAAAGAUAAACACAAAAAGGUUGUUAUGUCUUGAUGUGCCUACUAGGUGGAACUCCACCUAUUUAAUGUUGAGUGCUGUCAUUGAUCUUAAAGGUGCUUUUGAGAGAUUUUCUGAAUUUUUACAAGCCUUCUAUGAUCUUACCUUGCGUGUAUCGGGCUCUCUAUGUGUCACUUCCAAUUUAUUCUUUGAUGAGUUGGUGAAUGUUGCUUUAUUGUUGAAAGAGUUAGAAUCAAGUGAGGAUUUUGAAAUGUGUGUUAUUGCUUCUAAAAUGAAGGAGAAGUAUGAUAAAUAUUGGGGUGAUGUGGAGAAAAUGAACAUGCUGAUUUUUAUUGCUGUUGUCCUUGAUCCACGUUAUAAACUUGAUUAUGUUGAGUGGAUGAUAACCCAAAUUUAUCGUGUUGAUGUGGCAAGUACCUUGAUAACUAAUUUGAGGGAGGCUUUGAAUGCCAUGUAUGAGGAGUAUCGUGGUUUUUCAUCAAGUGAUGUGUUGAAAGAGGAGGCCGGUAUCAUCAAGUAA